AUGAGCUCCUCAUCGCUGCUGAGCCUACCCCUGAUCACCCUAGUGAGCGUCUUCACGCCGCCGCUCUUCAUGCUCAUGGGCGCAGUCUCCACGGCGCAGUUCGGCGUGCUCUUCCGCGCAAUCGUCUACGCUGCUCGUAGCGCCGAGUUCCCCCGCUUCCUGUCCCCGCUGAAACCAGGUCUGGAGCAGCUGGCUACGUUCAUGGAGUCGUCCCUGGGCCCCGCGCACCGCUUCUCGCCCAACUUCACGCAGUGCAUGCUCGCCGCGAUCCUCAUCUGCCUCCUCGUCAAGCGUCCAUGA